AUUCAAUUUGGUAAAACGAGACCCAUGCGAUCGUUUCGACACGGCGUCUCGAUUCGCCUUGCAUCGAUCACGAGAGAAUCGAGUGGACACGGUGUUGUGCGCUUCGAAGGAAUCGAGUUACCGGUGGAUGAAGGAAAGCGGAGAGGAAACGGAUACCCGGACAACGACUAUGACCAUGGGGAUCGAUCGUCGAUCGAGCAAAUUUUCUUUAAUUAUCAUUCGUCUCGAUCGACGAUAGGCGAUUUUUCCCUCUCUUCCUCCCCCCGACCCCCUCCCCCAAAUAUUUAGGAAUAAAAGGAGAUAAUGUUGGAACUGGUGGAGCGAAAGGCCGGUGGGAUCUCGUGGCCGAGUUGUCGAGGUGAAAACUUGGAAUCGGUGGGCAAAGAUCCGAAGGAGAUGUUGUUNGGGCAAAGGGACAAAGCUUGCCCGAGGGGGGGCAAACGAUGGAAGAGAAAGAACGGGGGAGGUGGUUUACUGUGCUCGUUGGGCCAGCUGAGAUGCAGCCAUACCUACUACACCCCUGACACGUUGGGCACGUGGAAAUUUCACAGGGUGUCUCGUCCAAGAAGCCAUGAGGGGAUGAGCACUGGCGUAGGAGAUGGAGCUGGUGGAGGCGGUGGCGGUGGGGGCGGAGGCGGCGGCGGCGUGCAGGGAAGUGGAGGCGGAAGAAAUACACCACCCCAUGGAUCACCCACCCCCAUGGAUAAGGCGACUUUGAAAGUCCAUCUGCCUAACGGUGGUUUCAACGUUGUUAAAUUCGGUGAUGCGAUCGAUGUGAAAGGUAUCAUCACUUUGGUGACUAGUCGGCUAGCGGUUGGAACCAGACACUAUCAUAACCUUUACGCCAUGAGACUGCAUCAUCCUGGAUCGGGGGAGAGUUACUGGUUGCAUCAGGACACGACCAUGUAUCAGGUUCAAGAAAAGUACGAAAAGAAACAUCCUCAUUGCGAAUGGAGGUAUGAACUGAGAGUACGAUACUUGCCACAGAAUCUCAACGAUCUGUACGAGAAGGACAAAGUGACCUUCUAUUAUUAUUACGAUCAGGUUCGAAACGAUUAUCUGUGCGCGAAUCACGCGGCUCUCGAUCAGGACGUGGCGGUGCAAUUGUGUUGUCUAGAAAUUCGCUACUUUUUCAAAGACAUGCAACAGAUCGCUCUCGACAAGAAGAGCAAUCUCGAGUACCUGGAACGAGAGGUCGGCCUGCACAAAUUUUUACCACGAUCCGUGUUGAAUGGAAUGAAACCAAAGGCGUUGCGCAAGCUAAUACAACAACACUUUAAAAAGGUUGCGGUAUUGUCGGAGCUAGAAUGCAUGUUCAAGUUCUUCGAUCUUCUGCGUGCUCAUUAUAGAUUCGAUCAGGAGAGGUUUAUAUGCGCUUUGGGGUCGAGCUGGUCUAUACCCGUAGAACUAGUCAUUGGACCAGAUUUAGGCAUAUCUUAUAUGGCUCAUAGAGGUGGGACGGUGCCAACGAGAAUCGCGGAAUUCUCCCAGAUACAAUCUAUCCAAACGUUGGUAUCCGAUUGCAAGGAACACGCAAAAGCCUGUAUUAAAUUAAGAAUAGCCGGAGCUGCUGAAACGCUUAGUAUCACGUGCUCGAGUCUAGACCAAGCGGAAAGUCUGGCGGAUUUGAUCGACGGUUAUUGCAGACUUGUCACUGGAACCAAUACCUCGUUGUGGAACAGAAAAGCUGCAUCGUGGAAAAAUUAUCCCUGUCCAUGCAAAGAUGCUCAUCCCCCAAAAUACAGACAAGACGGUUCCAAUAGUCCGGAGAAAAACGUAAGCAAAACGGGGACUAUUUUGUCGGAGGACUAUAAAUUGAAACGAAUUUUUUUCUUUCAGAGGAUCGUACAAUCACAGUUAUUCGAUAGCAUCACAGAAAAUUUCAGCAGUGGUAUUGACGAUGAACAAAAAUUAUUAGAACAACGACUUUUAGAACAGCAGCGUCAAUCGGAAGAAGAUAGUCGUUGGUUAGCAAGAGAAGAGAAACGUCUAUCCAUUGCGACGAGUGGAGAUGAAAGCGCGAGUCCUCCAGUUCCACGUUCGGUUACUCAAUCACCAAGUCAUGAACAGCAUGGCGCUAAUACUGGUUCUAUAGGAUCUGAUAAAAGUACCGAAAAAGUAAUCGUUGUAAAGAAAAUGGAACCUACACCAACUGCCGAUCUAGAUAGGACGAACGAUAAAGUAUAUGAUUGUACCACUAGCGUAGUUCGUGCAGUAAUGUCUUUAUCUCAAGGUGUUCAACAAAGCAAGGCUGAUCAAUAUUUAGAAUUAGUACGUAAAGUGGGUAUCGAAUUGAGAGCGUUACUUUCAUCUGUCGAUGCUUUGAUGGAUAUAUUACCUAUAUCUGCUCAUCGAGAAGUAGAAAUGGCGCAUAAAGUUCUUAGUAAGGAUAUGGCAGAACUUGUAACAGCUAUGAAACAAGCUCAAAAAUAUAGUGCUACUACAUUAGAUGCUGAAUAUCGAAAAGGGAUGCUCUCAGCGGCUCACAUUUUAGCAAUGGAUGCGAAAAAUCUUUUAGAUGUAAUCGAUUCGAUACGUAUUCGUUAUCCAUAUGUAGAUAAUCAGAUUUGCCAAAAUCAAAAUCAUAUUAAUACUUCACAAGAAUCGAUGUCAGAAAAUCGUAUUCGUUCCAGUCAAUCUGGAGAACAAUUUCUAAGGAGAAGUCAAUCGAGCGAACGUCAAGGUACUACGUUUAGACAGAGUCAAAGCGGUGAUCUUUUACAUAGAAUGGGUCAAUCCGUCGAUCGUUCAUUGCAGGGUAGUCAAACUGAUAUCAGCAGCGGCUCUAGUUUAGAAAGAAGGCAUCAUAUCGUUACUAAUAGUCUUGAACGUAAUUCAACAACAAGAAGACAAAUGACAACAAAUAGUUUAGAAAGAAAAAGACCAUCAUUAUCUUGUAAUAUCAGUCCCAUGAAUAAUUCGGUUAAUUUGCCACCAAUGGUACCAGUUACCUGCAAUUUAGUCCAAACAGUUGGACCUGUUAUUCAUCCAAGUCAAACAGUUACAACAGGUAUUAAUCAACAGUCAGUGUUUACAACUAAUAAUAAAACAAAUGAAAAUGCAACAACUGAUAGCUAACAACGAGGUGCCUUUGCAUUAAGGAAAACUUCGAAG